AUGAGCAUGAACAGCGACCGGGAGUGCACGGGGCUGACGACGUGCGGGAGCGGCGAGUACGAGACGCGCGCGCCGACGGCGACGACGGAUCGCAAGUGCGCGAGUGUGACGCAGUGCGACUCGACGCAGUUUGUGGUGUCGAAGCCGACGGCGACAACGGACCGGGACUGCGCUGAGUGCGACCGGUGCGACAGCGGGACGCAGUAUGAGACGGCGACGUGCACGGCGACGACGAACAGGGUGUGUGCGGACCUGAAGGUGUGUGCGGACACGGAGUACGAGUCUGUUGCCGCGACGGACUCGAGCGACCGCAAGUGCUCGAGCUGCCGGGAAUGCACGUCGUCUGAGUAUCUUAUGUCUGGGUGCAGCGAGAGCGCGAAUGCUUGCACGGAAUGCACGCGGUGCGGGAGCGGGUACUUUGUGCAGUCGCCGUGCACGAGCGAGGCAGACACGACGUGCAAGCGGUGCCGGUCGUGUGCGAGCGGAGAGUAUCUGCACACGGCGUGCACGAGCAGCGCUGAUGCUGUGUGCCGGAAGGUGAGCACGUGCGAUGUGGAUGCUGGGUAUGAGGUGAAGGCGCCGACGGCGACGACAGACCGGGAGUGCCGGGCGCUGACCACGUGCGAUGGUGAGAGCGAGUUUGAGUCUCGUGCACCGACGCUGACGAGCGACCGCGUGUGCAGCAAGCUGCUGCAUGUCCCCGACAUCAAGUACAACCUACUGGCGCUGAACCUGGUGACUCGCGCGCGUCGUGGUGCUUCCGUCGUCAUUGCUGCGGACGACAGCCGCAUCCAGUUUGCCACAUGGAGUGUGCCUCUGCUGCCGUCCAAGGACACCGGCCACCUCUUCCUCUACGCCAGCACCACGACCUCCCAACAAGCCACGGCGCUUGCAGGGGAGCUCGUGCACAGCAGCGACGAGGAAGCCGAGGAUGCUGACGAGGGCGCCUCUGCACACGACGUGCUAGGCCAUCGCAGCAGCGCAGCCGUCGACGCCAUCCGGCAGCAGAUCGCCCAGGCCUCUUCCAAGCACAUCGUCACCUGUGGGCCAUGUGCGCUUGGCAAGAGCACGCGCGCCUCCAUCCCGAAGCAGUCUGCUCCACGCAGCGCUGGGCCAUGCCAGCUGCUCUACGCCGACAUCGCCGGUCCGCUGGAGGAGACGUCGCUGCGAGGUGCACGCUACGCGCUGACCUUCAUCGACGACUGCACGCGCUUUGCCUGGACGUUCCUCAUCCGGCACAAGAACGACGUCGGUGCGGCCCUGGAGCAGCUGCGCAAGGACCGCCACGUCGUCAACGCGCUCCGAGGCGCCACGCUGCAGACGGACAGCGACGCCGUCUUCAAGAGCCAGGACUUCACCGACCUGUGCCUGGCCUUCGACAUCAAGCAGCGCUUCUCGCCACCGCACUCGCAGGCCAAGAACGGAUCCGCGGAGCGCACUUUCCGCACCCUCUUCGAGACGGCGCGCACGAUGCUGUUUGCUGCGGACCUGGACAAGCCGUUCUGGGGCUUCGCCGUGCAACACGCCACGCUGCUGCACAACAUCGCGCCACGCAGGAGCCUCGAGGACAAGUCACCGUUCGAGGCCCUGACUGGGCACCCCUUCGACGUCAGCCUGCUGCGCGUCUUCGGCUCGCCGGCCUACGUGCAUGUGGAGAAGAGCAGCACGCGGCACAAGCUUGACCCACGCUCACGCGUCGGCGUCUACGUCGGCUUCGCCGAGGAGGACCAGGCCCACGUCGUCUGGAUGCCGGACACGCGACGCGUUGUCCACACCAUCCACGCUCGCUUCGGCGCCAUCAAGAACAAGCACGCCGCCUCCUCUCAGCAGCAGCAAGAGCAGGACGACAGCGGUGCCUCUGCUUCGCAUGCCAACAAGACCGCUCAGCGUUCAACCGAGGACAGUGCCACUGGCGCUCCCACUGCACCACGUGCGGGGGAGCCGCAGCUCCAGCCACGCGCCCUUGGCGGUUCCGUCUGGGACCAGCUGCUGUUGUCCGCGACCCUCGGCGACAAGGACACCUCUGGUGGCUCAACCACCACGUGUCACGUUGCCACCAGCGCUGCUGGUACGGGGGAGAAGACAUCAGCAGUGGGUGGUCAUCUACCAGACAUCGCUGCUGGCAGUGUUUUCACGUCAGCUGAGCCAGCCACCGUCAAGGAGGCGCUUGCCUCGCCAGACUCGGAGGAGUGGCGCCAAGCCAUCCUGGAUGAGUUUGCGGCAAUGCAGGCCAAUGACGUUUACGACGUCGUGCCUCGCGCUGACCUUCCCAAGGGCCACAAGCUGCUCCGCAGCAUGGUCAUCUUCGGAGGAGCGUGA